UGAAAGCCUUGACUUCAUUCAGCGUGAUACAAUUAAUCCAGGUAUCCACUUUGGAUACUUUCAACAUCACUGAAAGAAUGAGAUAAUGGGAAGUCUAUGUGGAAACAUGGAAACUAUUGCUACUUGGAACAAUUUCUAAAUUCACGCAUCAUCCAUAUACUACCAUGUGGUCUAUCAUCACACAUGGAUGCAUGAGGUAUCUACAAUUACAGUCCGUGAAAGAAGCAUUGAUUUUUCCACCCCAAGGACAAAACCCAAAAACUUUCCCUCUGCUGAUGGGUCCAACUUUCCCCCCUAUUAUUCUGCAUGCUUCUCGUCAAAGACCAUCCUAGCACAGGUGCUGUUCUGAGCUCUCAGUUCUGAUAUAAGCCUUACAGAAGAGUAAAUGGGAGAGAGUAACAAUGUGACAGAAUUUGUCCUCCUGGGCCUCACUCAGGAUCCUGAUGGUCAAAAAGCUUUAUUUGUGAUGUUUUUACUCACAUACGUUGUGACGAUGGUGGGCAACCUGCUCAUCGUGGUGACUAUUAACAGCAGCCCCUCCUUGGGCUCCCCAAUGUACUUCUUCCUGGCCUCUCUGUCACUUAUGGAUGCUGCUUAUGCCACUGCCAUUUCACCCAAAUUGCUUGUAGACCUACUCUGUGAUAAAAAGACAAUUUCCUUCCCAGCGUGCAUGGGUCAGCUCUUUAUAGAACACUUGUUUGGUGGAGCUGAGGUCUUCCUUCUGGUGGUGAUGGCCUAUGAUCGCUACGUGGCCAUCUGUAAGCCUCUGCACUAUUUGACCAUCAUGAAUCGACGGGUUUGCGUACUUCUGUUGAUGAUGGCCUGGGUUGGAGGUUUUGCACACUCUUUGGUUCAAAUUGUCUUUGUGUACAGUCUCCCCUUCUGUGGACCCAAUGUCAUUGACCACUUCGCCUGUGACAUGUACCCAUUAUUGGAACUUGCGUGCACUGACACUUACUUUAUAGGUCUCACUGUUGUUGCCAAUGGUGGAGCCAUCUGCAUGGUCGUCUUUGUCCUUCUACUCAUCUCCUACGGAGUCAUUCUAAGCUCCCUUAAAAGUUACAGUCGGGAAGGGAGGGGUAAGGCCCUGUCUACCUGCAGCUCCCACAUCACCGUGGUUGUCCUCUUUUUUGUUCCCUGUAUUUUCAUGUAUGUUAGACCCGUCUCCAACUUUCCUACUGACAAAUUCAUAACUGUAUUUUAUACAAUUAUCACUCCCAUGUUGAAUCCUUUAAUAUAUACAUUGAGAAAUUCUGAGAUGAAAAAUGCUAUGGAUAAACUCUGGUGUAAAAAUUUGACUAGAGAUGGAAUACAAAUUUCUUCCACACCAGACAUGUGUUUUACCAGUUCUAAGGCAACAGACAGUAAAUUCUAACAAUGGGUUAUGUAG